AUGGUCGGCAGCGCUAAUAAAGGCGGCAUCUUUCAGUCCAAGACGCGAUAUGUCAUCCUAUUUUUGGGCUCCGCGUGUAUCGCCUCGAUUGCCUCCAACUACACGAUACUCGGCUUCACCUAUAUUUGCAUGAGCAAUGUGACUGUGGACGAAAAUAACGCAACAGCCAUGGCCACUCGUGGACAGUACGAUUACACCCAGAAAGAAAAAUCAUUCCUCCAUUGGUCGCUUGCCGUUGGAACAUUGUUGGCAGCCUGGCCUUUUCAAUGGUUCUACCAAAAAUACGGUGCCCGAGACGUCUUCUUCAUAGCAGGAGUGAUUUCUGCUCUGUCAACGUCGCUAAUGCCGCUGAUGGCGUCGAUAGAUUUUAAAUACUUCUUGGCGAUGCGGUUUUUACAAGGAAUAUCGUUCGGUGCUGACUUCGCGGCUAUCGGUCUCAUCGUCGUCCAUUGGGCUUCCUUGAAACAGCACGGUUUCUUCAUCUCCCUCUUGUCGUCGUUCUCCCAGAUUUCCGUGAUGUUUACGAUGCCUGUUUCUGGAUUGCUCUGCAACUCAUCUUGGGGAUGGCAAAGCGCGUACUACGUCCAUGGCGCCUUGUGCAUGUUCCUGUUCUCGCUUUGGUGGUGGUACUACCGUAACGACCCUGUUGACCACCCGAAAAUGACGGAAGUCGAGCUCGAGAAGAUUCAGCGCGGCAAGAAGGAGGAGGAGCUCGGGCAACAUGAAGCUGUGCCAGUCGGGGCAAUUCUCCGGGACCCCGUCGUUUGGAGCGUGUGGCUUUCAGCGUUCGGAGAGCUGAUGAUGUCCCAAUUCAUCGUCCUAUACGGUCCGACUUUCAUCAAGGAGGUCCUCAACUUUUCGGUCGGAAAAUCCGCCAUGAUGGUCGCUAUGCCCCGAUUCGUCCAUCUCUGCUUCAAGAUCAUCUCCGGGCAUUUGAGUGACAAGAUUAAGUUCCUCUCCGAGAAGACCAAGAUGAUCAUCUUCAACACGAUCUCCCUGAUGGUGUCCGGCUUCUUCUUCUGCGUUCUCGGCUUCAUCCCCAAGGAACAAGCCUUCUACAGUAUCGUAAUCCUCUUCAUCAUCGAGGCGACGACCGGAUGUAUUUGCGGUGGUUUCUACAAGUGUGCUACCCUCGUCGCAAGACAACACUCCCACUUCGUGCUCUCUGCCAUCCAAUUCAUCAAGUGCCUCUCCCUUUUCAUCGAGCCCACCCUGAUCUUCAUCUUCUGCCGCAACAACACGCUAGCCGAGUGGCGAAUCGUGUUCCUCAUCCAUGGCGGUCUCCUGAUGGGCGGCAACAUCAUCUUCUGCUUCUUUGCUACCGACAAACCGGCAAAGUUCACCUACACGCAAGCCGACGAGACCGACGAGCUAAAGCAGGAGCCGGAGAAGCAGAGACUCACCGACGCGCCACACGAA